AUGGAACAAGAAACUGGAACAUCGUCUACGUCUGCGUCUGCGUCUGCGACUGCGAACCAAAAGGCUCCUGCAAACUCCAACCAGCAGGAUGAAUCAAGAGAAGAGACAGAUCGCAAAAGGAAUAAUAUUCGCAAAAGGACAAAGACCGGAUGCUUAACUUGCCGCAAGCGUCGAAUAAAAUGCGACGAAGGAAGGCCGAUAUGCAAUAACUGUAUCAAGUCCAAACGCCAUUGCGAGGGCUACAACCAACGUGUUAUCUUCAAGGACCCUAUGGGUGCGAUACAAGGAGGCCCUUUUGGACCUGCUUAUUAUCCUCCUGGAUCUACACACCUUGUCGGCCAUUUACAAGCGAAGACCUCUCAGGGCCCAUUGCCCAUGAUUGCUCCUAAGCCACCUUCCUUUGGUUAUCAUGGACACCAGCAAGCGCCCUACGGACAUUAUGUCCACGGACAAGGAGCCAUGCCUCCAAAUCCCUACGAUUUCAACGCCCCAGCAGUGCCUUAUCCAUCUCACCAACCGAAUGGUAUGAUGCCUCUUGAACCCCCGAUGGGAUAUGCUAGGCCGCCACCUGACGCUCGACAACACUAUGAGGGACCUCCUUUCAAUGGACAAGAUGGUCUUCCCUAUGCGGGCAGUAGCCAGCCGGAACCUAUUGCCAUCAAGAGAGAAAGGAUGGAGGAGCUGAACAACAGAAUACCUGAACCUGACAUCGACUAUGACGACUAUGAACUACCGGAGGAUGAUGCUUCGAUGGGUGAAUCAGACGAUGAGGUUCAGGAUCCUCGCCAAGUUCUUGGACCCGUCAUGAAGCAGUUCAAUGGAACAUGGGACACAAAUGGCACACGAGUCCGAACCUUUUCAACAUUUGCCCAAUGCAAUAUCCUCUCUGAUUACACAGCUACAGCUCGAAUAACGGAACUCAAGGAUCCUGUAAUGUUGCAAAUCUUCAUGCACUUUAUUCAAGUCACCGGUCCAAGUAUGUCGUUAUACGAAAGGCAUCCUUUUGAUCAUACUGGCGAGAACUCUUUCGACCCUACCCCGAAAGGGGCUAACAAUCUUUGGAGUUAUACCUUCCCCGUCAUAUCCUUGAACCACCCCGCAUUGCUUCACUCUAUGCUUGCCUUGGGCGCCUUGCAAAUAGCCAAGCUGCAAACCAUACCGGCCACAGCUGCAAUGAAACACUAUCACUUGGCAAUUCGCCGAAUAGCUCGAAACGUCAACACACCCCUCAGACGAACACAACCAGCAACAGUAGCCGCGACACUGUUAUUGUCAUAUUUUGAGGUUUGGUCUUCGGAUCAUACUAAAUGGUGCAAUCAUCUUCUUGGAGCCAGAAUCUUGUUCAGCGAAAUACCCCUUAGAGAGAUGUCAAGGAAAUAUUUGCCAGUCAAGCGUUACAAGCAGGCAGAAAAAGACGCCCAGAAUCAGAACCAAAUGGACAGCUUCUUCCCGGGUUUGAGUAUCCCCUCUCAGAGCGAACUCAAUGACCUGGAUUACAGCCUGUUACAGGCAAUUUCGGGCCAGCAUAUAACGGCAGAGGACUAUGGACUUGGCGAAAAACAACCAAUUGACCUAUCUCAUACGGUGACUGAUAGAGAUAUCGAGCACUACGAAAAUAUCCGGGAUUUAUUCUGGUGGUAUUGCAAAAUGGAUGUGUACCAAAGCAUGCUGGCAGGCACCAGACUCUUCAUGACCUAUGAGUCUUGGUCUCAGUGCCCACCUAGGGCACCAAUCUCGAAACUUGAGGCUAUGCUUGCAGACUUUUCCUCGAAAGAUAUUUCAAGAAAACGAAAAGCAAGUCUCGCUAGGGGGCCUCCUCCUGGGGCUGGGGGCAGCUCACCACCAUCGUUCCCUGGUAUCGUUCCUACGGAUGGAAAGUUCCACGUACCAAGAGGAUUUACACCACCCCGGGAGACAUCACCGCAAAGUGACUCUACAGAGGAUCAAGAUGCAGACGCGAGUUACCAGGCUGCUCUUGAGGAGUGGGAGUCCAUAAAGCGGGGCUUCGAAGCAUAUGAAAACAGCUUAGGACCAGAGUUUCAACCACUCAAGCCCGAGUUCUCAGAUAAGCGAGACUCGCCGUUUGGAAUGACGAUGCAAUAUCGGACGUUUUCUGUUGCUGGAAUCUGGAUGAACUUUUAUAUGGGCAUGAUCAAUCUUGUUCGAUGUCACCCUUCGAUGCCUCCUGCAGCGAUGCAGGCAGCUGGCAUGUCAGCACGACAGACAGGUCCAUAUUCGAACAAACUGGGCCGAAUAGCGGCUGGCUUGUCGGAAGACGUCUCACAGGCCACAGAGAUCACAACCCUUGUCAGUGCUGCGUUCAUCGAGAGUUGCUUCUGCCUUUUUGUAGCAGCGAUUGAGUAUCAAGAUGAGAAACAGCGGCAUUGGGUGAUACGUCACUUACGGGACAUCACUCGAUUGACAGGCUGGCAAUCAGCAAAACGUAUCGCCACCGGAUGCGAAUCCUCUUGGAUCAAGGCUGCGCAGCUUGGUCGUGGUCCUCCUUACAUGCGUGCCCCUGAGACCGAACCAGUGCCUGUUGCAAGGUGGCAGAAUCCGCGACAGAUCGAUCGAUUCAUACACGAAGUCGAGACAGGCGAAGUUCGUCGUAUCCAGAUACCCAAAGCAGAACGGGCUUCACUUGCGUUGGGCCUACUCAGUGUUGAGCGAGAUCUCGAAUUUCUCGAUCUUAAGGAUGACAGUUAA